AUGGAGCUGGCCAAUGGGACCACAGUCCAGGAAUUCAUUUUGCUGGGUUUGGAGGGUGGGCAGCAGAAGCGGUUCCUCCUCCUUAUCUUUUUUACUAUUCUUUACAUAAUUUCUUUGAUUGAGAACACCAUUAUCAUCACUCUGGUACAAACAGAUGCCCAGUUAGCCCAGCUGCCCAUGUAUAUCCUCUUGGGCAACUUCUCCUGGAUGGAGAUGUGCUACGUGACCACCACCAUACCCCGUAUGAUCUUCGAUCUAGCUUCUCCUCAAGGAAUCAUCUCCUUCCAAGCCUGUUUCCUUCAGUUCUACAUUUUCUUCUCACUGGGCAGCACUGAAUGCUUUUUCCUCUCGACCAUGGCCUUGGAUCGCUUCUUGGCCAUCUGCCACCCGCUCCACUACCCAACAAUUAUGUCUCAAAAAAAUUGUUCCAAGCUUGUGGCUGGUUGCUGGAUUGCUGGGUUCUUGGGAUAUGCUGUCCCAGUGACUUUGAUCUCCAGGCUGACCUUCUGUGGCCCCAAUAUCAUUGAUCAUUUUUUAUGUGAUCAAGGCCCCCUUCUGGCCCUAGCCUGCCCUCCACUUCCAAAAGCUCCCCUUAUCUUUCAGUUUUCCAUGAAUGUUCUAAUUAUAUUAGGCAACUUAGUCUUUGUGAUUCUUUCCUAUGGCACUAUCAUUCUCACACUGAUAAAGUUCUCUAACCAACAAAGUAGUAAGAAGGCCUUUUCGACCAUAUCUAUGCACCUUUUGGUGGUUGCCCUUUACUAUGGCUCAGCAAUCGGCAUGUAUGUACACCUAGGUGGAGAAAAUCAUCUGCAAGUGACUAAAAUAGUUACUCUUUUCUACACCGCAGUCACUCCUUUUCUCAAUCCACUGAUCUAUUGUCUAAGGAAUGAUCGAGUGAAGGAAGCUCUGGGUAGGGUGCUGAGGAGAAUGGAGCAAUGGCUGCGGAAGGAGGAUGUAAUAUGA